AUGCCCUCCGCGGCGUCGCAUCCCCCGUUUAAGUCCGCUGCGUUUCGCCACGGUGUGUUGGGCGGCACCACACCGACCGCGACGGGCAGCGGCCAGGACGUCGACGACGACGACGGUGGCGUGCGGCGGCCUUUCAUCGCGAUUGCGCCUCCAGCCGCGCCCUCAGCGCCAGCGGUGCAGCGAAGCAGAGGGUGGCGCACUUACCCCAGCGUGCCCUUUUACGCCAUGAUGCAAGGCCUGCAGCUGGUGAUGAACGUGGCCGCGCCCGGGGAGGGCGCCGCGGAAGAUUUGAAUGACGCCGAACUUCUCAACAGGCUUCCGAAGCUGCAGGCACUGAUACAGGAUGCUGUCACAAAAUAUGGCAGUACGUAUUACCUAACUUCUCUGCAGUCAAGCUGUAACCCUCUUCUUUAUCCUGCAGAAGCUUCCCGCCGGCACACCGGGGCGUCUACGCUUGCCUCGGCCGUGGCAACCACCGAGUUGGACUACUGGGCGUACCUUCAAGCGCUACAGGAUGUUUUUUACCGCUUCACUGAGCUGCGUGAUCGCUGCUGCUCCGUGUCCGCGCAAGAGGCGUGCACACAUCACGUGUUCUUUGUGCGCCUCACAGACCACCCUCGGCUGAAGGAUUUAAUGGCGAUGCUGGCCGUUGAGCAUGCUCGCCUUUGCCUUUGCCUCUGUGCCUCUUCAAGGGUGACGCAGCAAUACUUUACGCAGCGUGCGCAGGAUGUGGGAGUGGAGCUGGAGUGGGUGUUGGGAUCCGCGUUGGUGACUGAGCCAGAGAGGUUGACAAUGACGGAGGUCAACCCCGUCUUUGCCCUCUGGGACGUGUUUGUGAACCUGCCGCUGCACACCACCUCGCCGACUCACGAGGUGAGUGAUGCGGUGGCAGCGAUGCCGUCCCCCGACGGCGUCGUCGCCGAGCGUUUCAUGCGAAACGUCAGUGUGACACUUGUUUCCUCGCUGCGCUUCGCCGGCAGUGCGUGGAGCGCCCCUGCGCUGCGGCUGUGCGAGGUGGGGCUGCUCUCGGAGGGCGGCCGGCGCCGACUUGUCUGGUCGUUGGUGGCGACCCCGUGCAUUGUGCUGCCGCAGCUUGUGCUGGGCCUCGUGCGGCACCUCGUCGAGGAGAGCCCCGUCGAGCACUUUGAGCUGCGCUUCACCCACGAACGUGCCGCAGGGGCCGGGGUGGAGACGGCGGGGGCCGCCGGCCGCGGCGUCGCGUACGUGACGGGGGCUAGUCGCGGGGUGGUGCAGCGGAAGAGUGCCUCCUCCACCAGCGGCAGUAGCCUGCGUGCGUUUAGCCGCCUCAGUGCAGAGGCGUGGCUCUCAGACGAUGACCGCCGGCAUUACGGCCUUCUGCUGGAAGAUGACCCGGUGCCACUGGAGUGCGAGUUCACGCUGGAGGCGCUGCGCUACUGCCGGCAGCUGAGCCCCGCCGGCCCCGCGACGGACGAGGAGUUGAUCCACCCGCAGCGCUGGGGCUGCGGCUUCCAGAUGGAAAACAACGUGGUGUGCGUCCUGGCCGAUGAAGAGGAGUGA